UCGUUUGAGGAGGGCAGGCUUUCCAACGUUACAUGCGCUCCCCCACUACCCUCAUUUCAGCAUCUGAGACAAAUACUUCAAAAUUCACCCAUUGGACAUGAAAGAAUUCACUGGAAAAUAAGUGGAAAGACAGAGGGAGAUCAGCUGCCAGAGCUCAGAAAGUGUCUGAAGUCCGUCGGAAGAAAAAAGGAUUUAUCUCUGGCGUUCAGAAACUCAGAGAGAUAUGGCUGGCGUUCUCCGCAAGCUCGCAGCAUACAUCCCCUGCGUGUGGAUCUUCCUCAUGCUUUUCGACCCCAGCUUGCAAACCAGGGCUGUAACAGGUCACAGAGAACCCAUUCCCGAUGACAGCAAAGACAACAUCACCAUCUUUACCCGGAUCUUGGACCGCUUGCUGGAUGGUUACGACAACAGAUUGCGUCCUGGACUAGGAGAAAGUGUGACGGAGGUGAGGACAAACAUCUAUGUGACAAGCUUCGGGCCAGUGUCAGACACCGAUAUGGAAUACACGAUUGAUGUGUUCUUCCGGCAAAGUUGGCGGGAUGAGAGGCUGAAGUUUGAUGGGCCUAUGCAGGUUCUUCCACUUAACAACUUGCUCGCCAGCAAGAUCUGGACUCCGGAUACUUUCUUCCACAAUGGCAAGAAGUCAGUGGCUCACAAUAUGACUACACCCAAUAAACUCCUGCGGCUGGUAGACAACGGAACUCUUCUCUACACAAUGAGAUUAACCAUCCAUGCUGAGUGUCCUAUGCAUCUGGAGGAUUUUCCUAUGGAUGCCCAUGCCUGCCCUCUGAAGUUCGGAAGCUAUGCCUACACCAACAACGAGGUUGUCUACAUCUGGACAGCAGAUGAUGAGAAAUCUGUUUCUGUGGCUCCUGAUGGUUCUAGACUCAACCAGUAUGACCUGUUGGGCCAUGUGAUUGGAAAAGAGACCAUCAGCUCCAGUACAGGAGAAUAUGUGGUGAUGACAACGUAUUUCCAUUUGAAAAGGAAAAUUGGCUAUUUUGUGAUCCAGACGUAUCUCCCCUGCAUAAUGACCGUCAUUCUGUCUCAGGUCUCCUUCUGGUUGAACCGGGAGUCCGUUCCAGCACGUACCGUCUUCGGUGUCACAACUGUCCUGACCAUGACGACACUGAGCAUAAGCGCCCGGAACUCACUUCCCAAGGUGGCCUAUGCAACAGCUAUGGACUGGUUUAUGGCAGUGUGCUAUGCUUUUGUCUUCUCUGCUCUCAUCGAGUUUGCCACUGUCAACUACUUCACAAAGCGCAGCUGGGCCUGGGAUGGUCAGAAGGAGGCCCAGGAGAUGCGGAGGCGAGAGUCAGCUUCCUUCUCCAAGAAGACCAACAACACUUUCAACAUCGUGGGAACCACCUACAGCAUGAGCGUAGCCAAAGAUCCCGGACUGACAACCGUCUCCAAGAGUGCCACAUCCACAUCCACAUCCACCCCAUCCCAGCCGGUCCGAGAGAUCCGGCUGCCCAAAAUGGAUGGUGAAUAUGUACCGGAGGGUGGAAGAAAGUCAUACAAUCGUGUCAGCAAAGUGGACAAGAUCUCUCGUAUCAUCUUUCCAGUGCUCUUCUUCAUCUUCAACCUGGCUUACUGGGCCACUUACGUCAACAGAAAGCCAGCCAUCAACCGGUCCAGCCCACAGAAAUGAACAUGGAAACCAGAAACAAAUAAAUAAACUGCCAGUCCAGUCUUAAUUAGCAACAUGAUGCUACUGCUACUGUGUUCAUUUUCAUUUUUUAAGCAACCAUGUAGAUACACAACUCUAGUUAGUAAUUAGUUUGUUUGUUUGUUUUAAUUUGUAUGUGUCAUUUAAUGUGUUGCAUGAGUAAAGUAUGACAGUAUUGCUGGUCUUGUACAGAUGGCCAUUAUUUACCUACUAAACCCCCAGUGUUGGGCAGUAACGCAUUACUUAGUAACGCGUUACUAUAAUUUGAUUACUGUUUUUAGUAGCAGAGUAAUUUAACGUUAUAAUUUUCAAAAACGUAAUUAGAGUAUAGUUACAAGCCGCGGAUUCUAUACGUUACUGCCGCGUUACAUUGCUGACAGAAUGCAGUGUUUUAUAAUCUAGAGAUUGUAAAAAGGAUGUAGCACUCGCACUGUCAAGUCAAGUGCCAGUAGAUUAGAGACCUGCGCUCCUGCGAGACCCGACGCAACAGAGUGCAGCGUGUAGGACAAGACUUGAUAGGCGAGUGUGGCUCGUGUGUGUGCUGGAUGCGGGAGAAUAAAAUGAUUCACGAGACUCCCGGAAAAUAGAAAUAUCUAAACAGAAAAUAUCUAAAACAAAUAAAUUGUUAUUCAUCUAUUGCACAAAAGCAACAUGAACUAAUA